AUGAUAACCCAAAGGGGAAGAGGUACAACAUCACUAUUCCUUCCUCCUAACCAACAAAUGAUACUGCACAUUUAUCAAUCCCUCCUCCUUCUGUUUUUAAAGUAUAUUUACAUCAGCACACAAAUUAGGAGUAAAGCUAAAGCACUCGGCCUAGGUAAAAUGAAGAGAAACUUCCCGGCCAGCAAAAACGCCUGCGUCAAAACUGAGGGUGUACUAUUCAGAGGGAGAAAAAAUGCAACAGGCAAAAAGGGUCCCACAAAAUUAUUCCUAAAUACCAUCAAUGCAGAUAAAAAAAAUAUAAUUAAGAAAGUUAAAAAAGAAUGUAGAAUAAGGGAAGUGAAAAGGGAGAGGAAUAUGGUUUGCGUCCAUCGUCCAAAUGAAAAAAAUAACAAAAGCAGGCAGAUAAAGAAGUUACACAAUGAACCCCCGUUCUUUGUAAUAAAAAAGUUCGAACUAAAGUGGAAAAGAAUUAAUGUAAAAAAAAAUGAGUUACAGCUAAAAUAUUGCUUCCUGAUUGGACAAGAAUUUUGUUUCAGCGAAGUGUGCAUGGAUAUGUACAUCGGAUUGGUGAAUAAAAAAAUUUAUCUUUUUAAAGAAACGGACGAAGGGAUUUUCUACCAGUGCGUUUAUAAUCCGAGAAGUGAAGCUGGGGAUGGGUCACAGGAGAGGCAAUGUGACAACCCACAGAAUGGAAACACAAACGAUCACGAUGAGGAGGAUGUAAAGGAUUUCUUCAACCUACAAUUUCCAUUAAGUAAAAACAUCGAAAUGUGGAAAAGAAAAGAUAAAAGAAUGAAAGAAAUUACAGAUAAAAUUAGUGGGUUGAGAAUAUUAAAGGCGGAUUCGGUGGAAUCUUUUUUCUCCUUCCUUUGUUCUACCAAUAAUAACAUUCCCAGGAUAACGCUAAUGAUAGAUUGUCUUAGAAGGCGGUACGGAAAAUUUCUCGCCACGGUCAUAUUUCACGGUGAGGAUGUACUAGUAAAAUUGAAGGAAGACAAGGAUGGAGAAGGGGUCGCUUCGAAUAAGAAUAAAGGAUACGUUGACGUGAUGAAGAAUCGACAGAGUACUCGACUCAAGGUGGGUGAGAUACAAUCAGUGCGAGUGAAAGGAGAACCUCUCCAAAAUGGUGAUACUGAGGAGGAAGGAAAAUCCGUUUUCCCACCAAAGAGGGAUACGCAACUGCGCGUUCGCGUGAAGGAGGAAUACCCGCAAAAUGGGGAUACCGUGGAGGAACAGAAUGAAGACCAUGAAGACGGUGGAGAUACCAUCACCGAGAAGAAUAGAAUCUUCUACGAGAACCUUAAAACACUGAUAAAGGAGGAAAGGAAGAUGAAAGUUUUUCCCUUCUAUGAAUUCCCAAGUAUAGAUAUAAUAUCCAAAUUAAGAGAGCAAGAUUUAAGGAACUUAGGGUUCGGGUAUAGAAGUAGCUACGUUAUUGAAAGUGCCAAAAUGUUAGUGAAACGCGGAAGUGAAGAAUGGAUUGAGGAUCUUAAAAAGGAGAAAAGUACAAAGAAUUGUAUUGACCAAUUAAUACAAUUCCCAGGCAUAGGAUUGAAAGUAGCAAAUUGUAUUUGCCUUUUCGGUUUAAAUAAAUUUGACUGCAUCCCCAUAGAUACGCAUAUAUAUGACAUCAUAUACAAGUAUUACCAAAACAUUGUGGAGGCCGAGUGCGCCUCGGUUGCUCGUCGUAGUACAGUUAUACCUGAUAACCCGACGAACGUUACAAACGUGGAUGGAGCAACUCCGAUAAAAGGUAAGAAGGGGGAGAUAACCACUAGAAAUGCCACACCCACUUCCGUCGAACUUGUACCCAAGGAGGAAGGCGAAAAAGACACAAGGACAAAUUCGAAGCCGAAUUCAAAACAACAGAAGAAGGCUCUCACAACUUCUCUCUACAUCAGAUUGUACACAAGGCUAAAGGAUUUACUGGGGCCGAACUGCGGGUGGGCACAAACUAUCCUUUUCGCGUCAGAGUUGAAGAAGUUUAGCCACCUGUUUGAGUAG